CCAUCCUGGCUCCAGAGGCCGUCGUCUUUUGCGAUGGCCGUCGAGGCAUGCCCCCGUAGCCCCCACCGCAGUCGGCCCAGCGCGGCCGCUCGAGCUCGGGGGCCCCACAGCCAUGGAGGAGCGGCCGUCGUCGUCUGGGUCGCAGGCAGGCGGCAGGCCCGCGAGCGCGGCGGCUGGGCCUGUGGAGGCGUGGGGAUCUGGCCCGCCGGACGCACUGGAGCAGCAGUGCUGCGUGUGCUUCCACCCGACGGACGAGGCCACCCCCUGUGGGCACCCGCUCUGCGCCCCGUGCCACCAGACGCUGAAGGCGCAGACCUGCCCGAUGUGCCGCAGAGCGAUGCCGAAGCCCGCGCCGGUCGACUAUGCGGCCCUGGCCCUCGAGGCGCCCCCCUCGGCUUCGCCCCUCUCCAGCGCGCGUACCGCCUCGCAAGGCGCGGCACCAGCGCAGAGGCGUGCCAGGCCCGCUCGGCGAUCGCCAACGCGUUCGCCGCGCGCCUGCGUGAAGGGGGCCUUGGCUCGCUGGCGGCCGCGCUGCCAGCGGCACCUCUGGACGAGCCAGUCGUGCAAUCGGCUCUGGACGACCUGGUUGCGGGCCUGGAGCAGAGGGUCAGCAGCUUCGCCUCCCUGCUCCGCCUGGCCGCGCAGGCGCCGUCGAUGAAGAGGGCGGCACCGUGUCUCUGCCACAGCCUGAGCCGGGUGAUCAUGUCGGCGGUGCAGAGACUGGUCCCCGCGCUGACGCCAGAGCAGUUGCAGGCCAACGCAGGGGACCUGGCGAGGCUGCGGUUCGAGCUGGGCGUGGACGGCGAGGUACUGUCCUUCCACCUGCAGGAGGCGCUCUUGACUUGCCUCGCCGAGGAGUUCAGCACCAGGGUUGCUCGUAGGUUUAUCUGCGCCACGGCGGCCCUCGUGAAGCACGGGCUUCUCGUGGAGACGGUGGAGAGCUACGUCGCGCAGGUCUUUGCUGCGCGAGCUGCUUGCUUCAUCACCUCCGCCACGAUGCGCGAUUUGGAUGUCUUCGAGGAGGAAAUACUACCGCGAAUGCCGAUGACCCCGCUGUGGGAUGACGCCCGAGACACUCUGAACAGGAGUGUCUCGCGACAGGUGGACCUCUGCGUGAGGGUGCGGGAGUUCAGCUCAUCUGUCUGCAAGCAGCCGAGUAAGGCGGAGCAGGUGCGGCUCGUGCACAUCCGGCAGCUUGUCAGGGGCAUGCAGCAGCUGGACCGCGAUGCCCUCGGGCCAGGCCCUGGCUGCGCUGCCUCGCCUGCGGUCGGGCUGCCUCCCACCACACCGCAGCGGCAGCGCAGCUGGCACAGGCAAGCUCUGCCGCGAAGCGGCAGCUGCCAGAGCACUCCCGACAGAAGCCGCCCGGCCUCGCGCGCCGGCGGCGACUGGAGCCGCCCGGCCUCGCGUGCCGGCGACUGGAGCCGCCCAGCCUCGCGCGCCGGCCUGGCCAAGGCGGGAGCCGACUGGAGCCGCCAGGCCUCGCGCGCGGGCCUGGCCGGCGCGGCAGGCGCCGAGCGGAGCCGCCCGGCCUUGCACGCCGGCCUGGCGAGCGCGGGGGCCGCCGAUUGGGGCUUCGCGGUGGCAGAGGCCGCCGACUGGGGCCGCCCAGCCUCACGCGAGAAGACGGCCAGCAUGCGUGGCAGGAGCGCAGCGGACCCCGGUGCGCUCCCGGAAGCGGUGCUGGUGGGCGGCGGGUGGGCGUGCCGCCCCACGCUGCCGCAGCAGCGGAGGCGGCAGCGAAGCCGGCCCGCGUCGCGCGCGUAG